AUGGCUGUUAACAUCCCUGGACUUGUGGCAGUCAUUGUCUUCUAUGUGCUAAUUCUUGCAACUGGAAUUUGGGCUGCUCGAAAAUCAAAGCAGGAAGAGAGAAAAUGCACUGGAGACAAAAGUGAGGUGGCCAUGGUUGGAGGGAGGAACAUUGGAACCUUGGUUGGGAUUUUUACGACAACAGCAACAUGGGUUGGAGGAGGCUUCAUCAAUGGAAUUGCUGAAAUAGUUUAUCUGCCACAUCGUGGAAUAAGCUGGACACAGGCACCCAUAACUUAUUGUUUGAAUCUUAUUUUAGGUGGCCUUUUCUUUGCAAAACCAAUGAGGACCAAUCAAUAUGUCACCAUGAUGGACCCAUUCCAGAUUAAAUUUGGUAAUAUCAUGAGUAGUCUCCUCUUUAUUCCAGCUGUAUUAGGAGAUAUAUUCUGGUCAGCUGCUAUUCUUGCAGCAUUAGGUUCUACGAUGGCAGUAAUUUUGGAUAUUGAAACUUAUUUGUCCAUCAUUCUGUCAGCUUGUAUAGUUAUCAUAUACACAUUAUUGGGUGGUCUCUACUCUGUGGCAUAUACAGAUGUGAUGCAAAUGGUUUUCAUUAUCAUCAGCCUGUGGCUUUGUGUGCCUUUCACCAUUACAAAUCCAGCAGUUGCUGACAUCAAAUAUACCAUGGUAAAUGAACUUUACCAGAGCCCAUGGAUUGGUAAAAUAGAAGUGAACCAGAUUGCCCGAUGGAUUGACGAUCUACUUUAUAUGACUUUGGGAGGUAUUCCUUGGCAAGUGUAUUUUCAGCGAGUUCUUGCUGCAUCAUCAGUUUCUCAAGCACAGAAAACAUCUUAUAUUGCUGGUGUUUUAUGCUUCAUUUUGUCUUUCCCUUCCAUCAUUAUUGGUGCAGUUGCUGUUUCUACAGAUUGGAAUCAAACAGACUAUGGAUUGCCAACUCCAAAUGAAAGACAAGAAUCAAGUAUGGUAUUACCCAUUGUCCUUCAAUAUCUGUGCCCUGUUUACAUUUCCAUGUUGGGAAUUGGUGCCAUUUCAGCAGCAGUUAUGUCAUCAGCAGAUUCAUCACUUUUAGCAGCAAGUUCAAUGUUUGCACGCAAUAUCUACAAGACUAUAAUUAGGAAAACGGCUACUGAGAAAGAAGUGAUAUGGGUGAUGCGAACUACAAUAGUCCUGUUUGGAGCUGCAGCUGCAGCAUUGGCACUUUUAACAAACUCAAUUUAUGGCCUGUGGUUCCUGAGUUCAGAAUUAGUGUAUGCCAUACUGUUUCCACAGUUUGUCUGUGUCCUCUUCAUCCCAAACACGAAUACAUAUGGAUCAGCUGCAGGAUACCUUGUCGGAUUAACCUUGAGACUAUUAGCUGGCGAGUCUUUCCUUCAAAUCCCGCCUCUAAUUCAAUAUCCAGGCAUUUCCUUUGAGAAUGGCACCCAUCAGCAACUCUUUCCAUUUAAAACUUUCACAAUGGUGUUGUCCUUACUCUCCAUUGUGAUGGUCUCAUACUUGGCCUCAUUUGUAUUUAACAGAAAGCUUCUGCCUGUAAGAUUUGAUGUUUUCAAAGUUACCGAUAAAACUCAGGAAUUGCCUGCAACACCAGAGGAACAGGUAAUUUUAAAUGAUUGCAACAAUCAUAAACUGGAGCCUGACCGCAUCUAA